AUGUUCUCUUAGCGGCUGGUGGCCUUGUGCCUCCAUCGCCUUCGCCCUCGCCCCCGUCCAAGCGGACACCCCGCGUCCCGGCCGCCCUGACCCGCUCCGCCCGCCAUGGUGACCACCGCGCCGCUGUCACUGCCGCCGCCCUUCCUCGCCCGCAUCUCGGCAGGCCCCGAGGAGCCGCGGCGCCGCCGGCGAGGGGACAGCAACUGCGAGAACCAGCUCGGUGGCGGCGGCAGCUGCUGCCUGGCGGGGACCGGGCCCGGCGCGCGGCCAGCACUGAAGAGAGUGCGGCGGAGGAAGGGCAAGAUCCGCGCUGGCCCCGCGGGGCUCCUUCCCGCCCGCUACCAGCACUACCAGCAGCACCGCGCCGGCCUGCCUCGGCGGCCCACACUGGCGGUCCGCCGCCCCCCCACCCCCGGCUUGGGGCCUGAGGAGCCCCCCGCGUCCGCCACGCCCCGGCCGGCGCCCGGCAAAGCCCUCAGGAAGGAGUUCUUAAAGAACAAGAUGGGAAAGUCUGAGAAGGUUGCGAUUUCCCACAGCCAGCCUGUUCACAGUAUACACCUGUGUGAACAACCAAAGAUAAGCAGACAGAAGAACAAAUGUAACAUGCCACUAACUAAAAUCACCUCUGCAAAAAAAAUUGAGAACUUUUGGCAAGAUUCUGUAUCAUCUGAAAUAAUUCAAAAACAGGAGAAAAAGCCACUUAAGAACACAGAAAACUUUAAAAAUGCAAAGUCCAAGAAACCUGUGUCUCCAACUGAAGUGAACCAAAAAGAGAAUUAUGCUGGGGCAAAGUUUAGUGACCCACCAUCUCCCAGUGUUCUUCCAAAACCUCCCCGUCACUGGGUGGGAUGCCCUGUUGAAUAUUCUGACCAAAAUAGGGAGCUGAUGGCAGUCCACUUAAAAACUCUCCUAAAAGUUCAAGCAUAGUUUCCAAGAACUAUGAACAGUGACAAAGAAAGCUCCAUCCAGGAAACUUGAAUAUGCCUUGUUGCAACAUGAAGUGCAAAGACUGUCAAGUCGUACCAUUGCAUACAAAAACUUGUAUUAUAUUUUUUAUGGUUGUGUAAAUAGUGUACAACAUGUAUUAUGUGUAUAUUCUUGUUCAUACUUUGAGAGGUACAUUUUAGUUUUGUUAUGAAAGGAUGUAUUUUGCACUGCCCAAAUGGUAGGCGUCUUGUGUAUAAAUAAUAUGGACAACUUUAAAUGUGUGCUUGACACAUGAAGACUUGACUAACUUGCACAAGGUAAUGAGAUUUUUGAAAGGAGAGUACAGCUUUCUAAUCUCAAGAGUUCAGAAACAAAUGUGAACGGUUUAUUGAUGCACUACUGAAAGUAAUUUUACACUCUGUGGCACAAUCCAUUAUAAAUGUGGAGUUCUCACACAAGCAUAUGAAUUUCUGUUCUGCAGACCAUUAGAAUUCUUGUUUAUCCUGUUAUAAGAAUGAAUUUGGACUAGAGAAAAAAAAUUAAUUAAUCAAUUUGAGCACUGACUUCCUGAAAAGGAGCAGAGCUUUCUGCCAGAAAUAGAAUUGGUUACUAAAAAAAUUUAAAUAAAAUAAUUUGGCCUCCCCUAA